UCGACACACACACACACACACACACACACACACACGGGUAGCGGAGUGAGAAUGGGAAGAAAGUGAACGUGCUGACAAGGAAGGAGACUUCUACCAUGGGGUGGUGGAGCCCUCUGUCCCUGAUGAGGGACUCCCUCAGAGGUCAAAGGGCACGUGAUAAAGACCUCCGCCACUUGGUGUCUAAUCUUCCUUACGAGGGCCUGGAGAAGAAGAAGCAACCCAACCGCUACUUUCCCGGGAACGCCAUCAAAACCACCAAAUACACCUUGCUCUUCUUCAUCCCGGUGAACCUCUUUGAGCAGUUUCACCGCCUCGCCAACGUCUACUUCGUGGGUCUCGCGAUUCUCAACUUUGUCCCGGUCGUGAACGCGUUCCAACCCGAGGUGGCUCUCAUUCCCAUUUGUGUCAUCCUGUCGCUCACCGCGCUCAAAGACGCCUGGGAGGAUUUCAGGAGGUACCAGUCGGACAAGAAGCUCAAUAACUUACCGUGCUUCAUCUACAGCAGGAAAGACAAGAAGUUCAUGGAGCGGCGUUGGAAAGACGUGCAAGUGGGUGACUUCUUGAAGGUGCUUUGCAAUGAAAUUGUCCCCGCAGACCUGCUGCUCCUGCACACAUCGGACGCCGACGGUGUGUGUCACAUCGAGACGGCCAAUCUGGAUGGAGAAAGCAACCUCAAGGAGAGGAGGGCGGUGGCCGGCGUCUGCGUCACGGAGCCCGACUUUGACCCUGAAAGUUUCAGCAGCAUCGUGGUGUGUGAGAAGCCCAACAACAAUCUCAAUCACUUCAAGGGUUAUGUGGAGAAAGAAAACAAAGACAAAGUGGGUGCUGGAAUAGAGAGUCUGCUGCUUCGAGGCUGUACUGUCAGAAAUACGGACCAUGCCGUUGGCUUUGUGGUCUAUGCAGGCCACGAAACCAAGUCAAUGCUGAACAACAACGGGCCGAGAUACAAGCGCAGCAAACUAGAGCGGAAACUGAACGUGGACGUCAUCUUUUGCGUCAUUCUCCUCCUCGCCAUGUGUCUGGUCGGAGCAGUAGGUCACUACUUUUGGCGACAGACGCUACCCGGCGUGCCCCCUUACCUGGUCCCCGACAGCAGCGGUCACCUGGACGGUCCCAGUCUCUCCAGCUUCUACAUGUUCUUCAGUAUGAUCAUAUUGCUGCAGGUUUUGAUACCCAUCUCGCUUUAUGUUUCCAUCGAGCUGGUGAAGAUAGGCCAGAUCUUCUUCAUUAUGAACGAUAUAGAUCUUUACGACGAAGACACAGAUAGUCGUAUUCAGUGUAAAGCCUUGAACAUUACAGAAGACCUGGGUCAGAUUGAGUACAUCUUCUCAGACAAGACCGGAACGCUCACGGAGAACAAGAUGGUGUUUCGGCGUUGCUCCAUCAUGGGUACAGAGUACCCGCACGAAGAAAACGCCAUCCGUUUGGCUGUUAUUGAUGAGCAAGAUUCCGAAGAGGAGGUCAUCUUCCACCAGCAGCCCCCGCAGCCUGGAUGGUCUCUGGACGUUGAGGACGGCAGCCCUGAAGGCACCGCACAUCAUCACCAUGGAAGCAGACACAAGAGCAAGUUUGCAGGAAACGCCCAGAGCAACGUGGCCUUCAGCAGUCCGCUGGAAACGGACGUGAUUCCAGACAGGAAGCUGCUCCAGCAGGUCAGCAUUGCAGCGAGAAGCAGCAGCGUCCGGAAGAUGGAUCCAUACCUGGACUUUUUUCUGGCUCUCGCCAUUUGCAACACGGUGGUGGUUUCCAUGGCAACAGCUCGGAGACAGAGGACACAAGAGCAGCCAUGUUCCUUCCAACCAAAUAAUCCCCUGGAUGACUUCUCCAACUUUUUGAAGAGAGCGGCUUCAUUUCGGAACAUAUUUACAUCCAAAACCAAAAGGAACCGAACCUUUUCAGAGACCUCGUUCAAAGAGUAUGACGGAUUUAACCCCGCUACAAAAGCCGACGACUCGGGAGUUUUGACAUCACAUGAUCAGAACGGCGAGCCCAGCACGGUGUGCUAUCAGGCGGAGAGUCCAGACGAAGCGGCUUUGGUGUACGCCGCCAAAGCGUAUGGCUUCACUCUGCUGAGUCGCACCCCCGACAGUGUGACUGUGAGGAUGCCAUCUGGACAGAAUCUGGUCUUUGAGGUUCUGGAUACUCUCGCCUUUGACUCCAAUAGGAAGAGAAUGUCUGUUCUGGUUCGACACCCGAUCACUAAAGAAUUGGUGCUGUACACCAAAGGUGCGGACUACGCCAUCAUGGAGCUGCUUGGUGCACCAUAUGCUGAACAUCUCAAAGGAAGUCAGAAGAAUAUUGUUAAAGAUACUCAAUAUCACGUAGACGGCUACGGUAAAGAGGGCCUGCGUACGCUUUGCUUCACUAAGAAGGUACUGAGCGCCAAACACUAUGAAGACUGGUACGCGAGCAGACAGAGAGCAAUGGCCGCCAUCGACGGCAGAGAGCAGCUCAUUACGGACACCGCCGUGCAGCUGGAGACGAACCUCACCCUGCUGGGGGCGACAGGUAUUGAGGACCGUCUGCAGGAGAGCGUUCCAGACACCAUCCUGGCGCUGCGGGAAGCGGGGAUCAAGGUGUGGGUGCUGACUGGUGACAAGCCGGAGACAGCUGUCAACAUCGGCUACGCCUGCAGGCUGCUGGAAGAUGAAGACCUGGUGAUUAACAUGAGCUGCAAAAACAAGCUCAUAUGCGCCUCGAUCCUGGAUUGCACUCUGGAGGAGGUGAAGAGGUACGAAAACGACCCCCGUAACGUGGAUACGACGCCAGAUAUCUCUCUGGUGAUCGAUGGACGCACCCUGGCCAUGGCGCUGUCUCCGGAUCUGCAGGACCGAUUUGUGGAGUUGGCAAAGUGUUGCCGUUCCGUGCUCUGCUGUCGAGUCACGCCCUUGCAGAAGAGCGGCGUGGUGAAGAUCGUCAGGGAGAAGCUCAGGGUCAUGACGCUAGCUAUUGGUGAUGGUGCCAAUGAUGUUAACAUGAUCCAAGCUGCUGAUAUUGGGAUCGGCAUAUCUGGUCAGGAAGGAAUGCAGGCAGUCAUGUCGAGUGAUUUUGCAAUAUCUCGCUUCAAACACCUUAAAAAGCUCCUGCUGGUCCACGGACAUUGGUGCUACACUCGUCUGGCCAAUAUGAUCAUUUACUUCUUCUAUAAGAAUCUGGCCAAUGUCAGCCUUCUCUUCUGGUAUCAGUUCUACUGCGGCUUCACAGCGGCCACCAUGUUGGACUACUGGUUGCUGAUUUUCUUCAACCUCUUCUUCACCUCAGCGCCCCCCAUUAUGUUUGGGAUCAUGGACAAAGACGUUUCGGCGGAGGUGCUGCUCGGCGUGCCUGAGCUCUAUAGGACUGGCCAAGGUGCAGGGGUAUAUAGAUUUUCCACCUUCUGGAUUUCCAUGCUUGAUGCCUUCUAUCAGAGUCUGAUUUGCUUCUUUAUUCCAUACCUGGUUUACCAGGAUUCGGACGUUGAUGUUUUUACAUUCGGAACUCCUUUGAAUACAGUUUCCUUAUUUACCAUUCUGCUACAUCUAUCGAUAGAGAUCAAAGCAUGGACGGUGGUCCACUGGAUCAUCAUGGUGGGCAGCGUUGCGGUCUACCUGGUCGUGACGCUGCUAUACACUUCCUGCGUUACUUGCAACUCGUACUGGACGCUCCAGAAACAGAUGAUAGACCCUGUUUUCUACCUUGUCUGCAUCCUCACAACUGUGGUGGCCCUACUGCCGAGGUAUGUGUUUCACGUGAUGAGGAACUCUAUCGCCCCCACUCCCAUUGUGCAAGCCAGGCAUCUGGACCAACUGGCUCCCUCCACCAGAGAAGAGUGGAUCAAAGAGUGGAGAGAUUUCAGAGGUGGCGGCAAGGUCAAACGCUCUGAGCUGUCCACGCCACCGUUACCUGUCCUGGAUUUGACUCCCCAGUCAUUAAACACUACAAAUUUUCUCGGGGAUGAAAUCACACUGAAAUCUUACACAUAGUGACUAAUACGAAGAAGAUAAUUUAUUCAGAAUGGAUGUAACUCCUUUUGUGGAAUGUUUUCUCAUCAUCACCAGGAAGAGAAAUCCUCACUGAGUUUUGCAUGUGAAAUAUCAUUGAUGGACUAAAAAAAAAAAAAAAAAAAAAAAAGCUUGUUGAACCUUUCUCCUUUACUCAUAAGCUGUCACAGUGAACACGUAAGCCUGUUACAUUCUUGAUGGGAUUUUAGGGCACAUAAUAAGACAUGCUAAGAGCGGAGAAUAGUCAAAUGUGUGUUCUGUAAAUGACACUUGCCUAUAUGAUGGAAUCUAUAGUCGUUAAGGCUGGUCCUGCAACUACACUGUAAAUAUUUUUUACAUUUCCUGUAACAAACUGUGUGUGUUAAACUCUUCAGAUGCAUAGUUAAUACAAGAAAAGGUUAAUUCCUUAUCACAGGGAAAGGAUUAUGGAAAUUCAAUGCUUCAGCACAAUCCCCGUGUAAGAAAAAAAAAAAAAAAAAAGAGGGGGUUGACUUUUCAUUGGCAUACUUCAUUAUAUAGCAGCAGUGGUAGUUAUGUAAUGUCCCGCAACUUGCUUUUUGAUCACUGCUGCCCUCUAGUGUUGGAUUGGAACAACUGCAGAAAUGUCAAACAGGGCCUAUAUAAAGAACUCUAAUGAGGAAGUCAUAUCUGAUUUGAACCAUACAUAGUCAUCAUUUUUAUUAAUUAAUAAACAUUAAUAGGGAGCACGGUGAUCGAGUGGUUAGCGUGCAGACCUCACAGCUAGGAGACCAGGGUUCAAUUCCAGCCUGGGCCAUCUCUGUGUUUCUCUCCGUGCAUGCGUGGGUUUUCUGGGUUUUCUUUAUGAAUGUGAGUGUGAAUGGUUGUUUGUCUAUAUGUGCCCUGUGAUUGGCUGGCCACCAGUCCAGGGUGUACCCUGCCUCUCGCCUGAAGAUAACUGGGAUAGGCUCCAGCACCCCUCGCGACCCUCAUGAGGAUAAGCGGUAAAAAAUGAAUGAAUGAAUGAGUUCUCCUAUUUUGUGUGGAAGUGGUAACUUUUUGGCUUCUUAUUUUGUCUUCCCCCACCCUCGGCCAUCUCUGUGUGGAGUUUGCAUGUUCUCCAUGGAUACUCCCAUUUCCUCCCACAUUCCCAAAACAUGCAUGUUAUAUUAAUAGGUUUAUUUUCCCUAAAAAAUAUCUGAGGUUAGCUUGGUAUGUUUGAAAAGGUCUUUAUUUUUCUCAAGCUGCAGAGAAAUAAAAUGGUAAAUAUUCGGAGCGUCAUAAGGAUUGAAAGAUGGUUGGGGCUUCAUUAAAGUUAUGGGAUAUAUUUCUUUAUUAAUAUAUAACAAAAGAGUUAUCAAAAGACAUAUUUUCUUCCCCUUG